UGCUUACACAACUCAAAUUCGUCUCCUAUCUGUCUCUCUCAGAAUAUACAGCAACAAAGGAACACACCACACCUCCCUUCUUCUUCCCUAAAACCACAUUUCAUAUAUUCCUCUUCUCUCUCUCUCUCUCUCUCUCUUUCUUUGUAUUGUAAGAGCAAAAAUGGUAAAAUACCAGAAAAAUUUUCUGCACAGCCAGUGGAGAAAAGGCAAAGAAUACGUGUUGAUUGUAGAUGAAGAUUCCGGCCUUGGAUUAAUGUGUUCCUCUCACAAGAGAUUCAAGCCCAAGUUUCUAUAUUUCGCAUUUUUCGCCCUCGUUUCUUGCAUCUUGCUCUUGUUUCCUAUGCUCUUUUCCCUCACCUCCACCUUCUCUCUCUUCUAUGAAUCUGAUAGAGGUGUCAAGGGUUUCCUCUGCUCCUCUCUUCCCAACGAUACUCUUUGUUGUGAUAGAAGUAGCACAAGGUCAGAUACAUGUGUGAUGAAAGGGGAUUUGAGAACUCACCCUGCCUCCUCAUCCAUCACCCUCUACCGUUCCGGUGGCCCUAACGCCACCGGAACGGCCCCAUCCGACAAGGAGGAGGAGGUAAUCCAGCAUGAAAAGAUUAGGCCCUACACAAGAAAAUGGGAAGCCCAUGUCAUGGACACCAUUGAUGAGCUAGACCUCCUUGUCAGGAGUGGCUCGGGCCCCCACCACGCCUGUGACGUCCGCCAUGACGUCCCGGCUGUGUUCUUCUCGACCGGAGGCUUCACGGGAAACCUCUACCACGAGUUCAAUGAUGGGAUCAUCCCCCUCUACAUAACCUCCCAACAAUUCAACAAGAAGGUUGUGUUUGUGAUUCUUGAGUAUCACAACUGGUGGAUCACAAAGUAUGGCGACAUACUGUCACAGCUCUCCGAUUUCCCACCUAUUGAUUUCAGCAACGACACGAGGGUCCACUGCUUCCCCGAGGCCAUCAUGGGAUUGAGAAUCCACGAUGAGCUCAGCGUUGAUCCUGCCUUGAUGGAAGGAAAGAACAGGACCAUAUCCGACUUUCACGAUCUCUUGGACCUUUCCUACCUGCCUCGUAUCAGCAGCCUUGUUCAGAACGAGGAGCGUGAGGCGGCUGAGGCGGGAAUAGUGACACGGGAACACAGUUUAACCAGGCCUAAACUGGUCAUAGUAGCCAGGAACGGGUCAAGGGCGAUAACCAAUCAAGAUGCAUUGGUGAAACUUGCAGAGGAGAUUGGAUUCUUUGUGGAAGUUCUCAGGCCUGAGAGGAGCACCGAGCUUGCUAAAAUCUACCGCGUUCUCAACUCAAGCGACGUCAUGGUUGGGGUCCACGGUGCUGCCAUGACUCACUUCCUUUUCAUGAAGCCCGGUUCGGUGUUCAUUCAAGUCAUACCACUAGGUACAGACUGGGCUGCAGCUACUUACUAUGGGGAGCCCGCGAUGAAGCUCGGGUUGAACUACAUUGGCUACAAGAUUCUAGCUAAAGAGAGCUCAUUGUAUCAAGAUUACAGCAAGGAUGAUCCUAUACUGAUGGAUCCAGACAGUGUGAACAAAAAGGGAUGGGAAUUCACCAAGAAGAUCUAUCUUGAUUCCCAAGAUGUGAGGUUGGAUCUUCGGAGGUUUCAGAAGCGAUUGCUUCGCGCAUACUACUUCACCAGAGCUCGAAAAAACCGGCCUUUGCGCCGUCUGUCUGUGUAAACACAUUCUUUUGUUUAGUGUAGCCUCACUUUUGUAAAGAUUAGUGUAAUGCCAUUUGUACAUCAAACUACUUACUGCAUUGUUUGUUUA